UGUGUUUUCUCGUGUCCAUCAUCUGUCCACCCAUCCAGAGGGUCUCGCUGUGCCAGCCAGCUGGGCGGGAGGGACCCCGAGAGGAAGACACUGCCGAGGUGGAGGCUCUGAGGAUAAGGUGCUUGUGACCAGGGCCUGCCUGGGAGUAGGGGGCUAAGUUCAGGGCCCGGGUUACCAGCCCAGCCUGCAACAGAGAUCCCACUGCAAGGGUCUUGGUGCCCAGUGUGUUUCUUGUUUCCUUGUGCACAUUAUUCCUUGUGCCGUGUCUAGAUGGUUCAGUCUAUCUGCAACACAUCCUGGCCUCCGUGACCCAGGCAGAGGACAGGUCCUCAUACCCAUGCCCAUACCUGUACCUCACACCCAGGAGCCAGACCUGAGCUGGGAAGCUCCUCCUCCCCCUCCUCCCCUCUCCCCCAGCCUCCUUGCUGCUCCCCACACACCUGGGUAUCCUAGAGGACCUGGCACAGGCUCGUGGGGGUCCUGACACCUUCCCUCAGACCUGCUAGAAUGCACGUCGGCCCCCAGCAGAACCCGCAGUGUAGGAGAAGGCAGAGGGUUAGGGAAAGGAAGGCUGGGGAGGGAGAAUGGGAAGCUGGGCCAGGAAUUCCUGCAUAAGUUCUGGAUCCUCUUGGCCAAGGCUGACCAGGGUGACCCCUUCUGGGCUGGACAAUGGUCCUUCCCGCGGGAGCUCCCAGCAACAGAGGGCGUGGGGUGCGAGUCAGCAGUGAGGUCACAGAGCCCCAUAGUACCCUCAGAAAGAGAACAAGAGGGAGGAUGGAUUUUGAUCAGAAGACUGUGAAAUUUCUGGCUAAUUUUUACAUCAAUGACGGCAAACACUGGAAGCAUGGCUCCUUGAGGCCGAGGCCCCCUCAUCCCUCGGAGCCCGAGGCUGAGGUGCUGUGGUGGGACGGGGAGCAGGAAGAGGGGUCUGCCAUGUGGCUUCUGAAGACCAAGAGGGGCCGGAGGGCCCCAGCCCGGCCCCAGCCGCCCCCCGCGUGCCAGCCCGUCUGCACCAAGACCCUGCCCAAGCUCCAAGUGUGCCCCCCGGAGGAGUGCUGGCGCAUCUGCCCCGGGACCCUGAAGGAGCUGCUGCUGGAGCAGCGGCCCCCGAUCCUGACCGACCUGGAUGUCCCCGGCCCCACCAAGUACGAGGUGCCCGAUGCGUCUGUGCGCGAGUCCUCCCCACAUCCCCGCUACACCUUCGGCCUCAAGUACCCCAGCCGAGAGGGCGGUGGCCGCAGGGCAUGGCAGACCUCCUGGCUCCAGAGCGAAAGCCCUUUCACUCAGAAGGCCGACUUCAAUAGAGAGCAAAAGUGGCCAUCGCCUGCCCAGUACAUGCCCAUCAGCUGGCCCGCCUUCCCGGCCUUCAGCUUUGGAGUCUCUGCCUCCAAGGCCCCUCAGGGCCACUCCCAUUCCGGGUGGACCCGGGCCAGGCGUUCCCGUGCCCAUCCCCCACUCCAGGAUCCUCCACAGCCCCCUGGGGAGAAGCGCCCCAGCCCCAACACCUACAACAUCCUGCCUGGAUUCCGCCUGCAGAGCCGGCGCUCUCCAGCCUUCUCCAUGAGCCGCUCACUGGGAAGUACUUCCUGGAUCCUGUCCUCCCGAACUCCUGGCCCUGGUACCUACUAUGUGGAGGACUGCCACAACUCCCGCUUCCCCUCUGCUCCAGGAGUGGUCAUCCAGGGUGUGCGCAGACCCAAGCGCCAUGACACAGGUCCCUUCUGUACACUCUAG